UUACAGUUUUUUCAUUUUCGGGAGAUUUGACCAAGCUUAAAACACAUGAUUUGUAAUACUUAGAGAGAGAGAGAGAGCACAGGGUUUGCUGAACACAGCAAACGAGCGAUAUGGCGAUGCAAGCUGGUAUGGGGUUUUCUAAGAUUAUCAUUUUAGUCGGAGCAGGUUACACAGGUACGCUUCUUCUUAACAACGGCAAAUUAUCUGAUCUUUUGGGUGAUAUCCAGUCGCUCGUCAAAGGAUACGAAAACAAGGGGGAAGAUGGGGAAUCUGAUGCGAUUGCUACACAGGUUCGUCGGUUAGCAAUGGAGGUACGACAACUAGCGUCCGCACGACAAAUCACUAUUCUGAAUGGGGGUUCUGGCGGUAAAAUGACCUCCCUCGUAGUACCAGUUGCUGCUGUUGGAGCUUUGGGAUAUGGAUACAUGUGGUGGAAGGGUCUCUCUUUCUCGGACCUCAUGUAUGUGACCAAGCAAAGCAUGUCAAAUGCUGUUUCGAACUUGACCAAACACUUGGAGCAUGUGUCAGAUGUACUUGCUGAAACGAAAAGGCAUUUGACACAGCGAAUUGAGAACUUGGAUGGAAAAGUUGACGAGCAAAUAGAGAUUUCAAAGUUAAUAAAGAAUGAGGUAUCUGAUGUUCGUGCUGACCUUUCGGAUAUGGGUUAUGACUUGGAUACAAUACAUGCAAUGGUUUCUGGUUUGGAUGGAAAGAUUCUGACAUUGGAAAGGAAGCAGGAUCUUGCAAAUAAAGGCAUCUUAUACCUUGUCAAUUUUGUUGAUGGAAAAAGGACAAGCUCUCCUGAAUUGUUGCAGGUGCAGGAACAACUCAAACUCUCUGGCAAGGCACAAGGUUUUCUAACAGCUUCAGAAGAAUCAAGUCCUAAGGGUCUAAAGGAGCUUACAGAAGCUUUGCUAUCUGAAAAUUCCACUGGCUUUAAAAAUAAUGGUAAUGUAGAGGACUUGGCUGAUGCACGGAGAAGAUUAGUGAGGACAUCAACAACCAAGUAUUGAUAAUAUAAUAGAAGGCCUUGAGAUGACGUUCGCGCGACGGCAGAUUCUGUUUUACCUGGCAGGAAGCACCUUGGAAGUUUAUAAUAUAUGUACUUCUGGUGAUGCAUAAUAGGAGAUUGAUGCAUAUGCUGAACAUGAAUUAUGAAGUAUAGUUUCAGACUGCCUUGGCCAUGUCCUUCAAGUCCAGUGUUGCAAAAAAAAAAAGCUUAUAUAUAUACAUUAUGUCUGUAUGUAUUUGUCAAGAUCACAACUUUUCUAGUACCAAAUAUACCUCUUCUAUUCAUCUGUA